AUGGAGGCGCGAGCUCUGGAGGCUCGAGGCCUGGAGCCGCGGGGCCUGGAGCCACGUCGAGUGCUGGAAGCCAGGGCCAUGGAGGCCAGGGUCAUGGAGCCCCGGGGCCUGGAGCCUCGAGGGCCUGGUCCCAACCCGCGUGGCCCUAUGCCUGGUGGGAUACAGGGCCCUGGGCCACUUAACAUGGGAGCUAGUGGCCCACAGGGACCCCGCCAGGUUCCUAACAUGGCAGGGGCAGGCAUGCAGGGAGGAGGCCUUCCUGGGACAGGCGUCCAAGGAGCUGGUCAGCCCGGAGGCUUUAGCCCUGGACAGAGCCAGGUCACUCCCCAGGAUCACGAGAAGGCAGCCCUGAUCAUGCAGGUUCUGCAGCUGACGGCGGACCAGAUCGCCAUGCUGCCCCCAGAGCAGCGACAGAGCAUCCUUAUUCUGAAGGAGCAAAUUCAGAAGUCCACGGGGGCACCCUGA